AUGACACCAAUUAUGAAACUUGUGGGUUUCUUUCUAUGGAUGUCCAUAACUUUAAAAAGGGUGAAGGGAUUUUAUUUCACUGUCCAAAAUGAACUUAUUUCCAAGAACACGAAUAUGAGAGUGUGUCAUCUGGAACAUUUUGUAAAUUUUAAAAAUGAAAUUGUUCAUGUGUGUCUAGACAAGGUAGAAACUACGUCAAUGAAAAAGCACAACAUUAUAAUCAGUUCCUAUGGUGAAGAUAAAAAAUGGAAAGAAAGAAGUAAAGCUCUGACUAGUUAUACCACCAAAUUGUUAGCAUAUUUUUAUACCUUUACAAAUAACAAUCAGUUGGUUGUUGUCUUCUGCUUUAACAAAACUUUCUCGAAAUCUCCUUACGAAUGUUUUAGAACUAUUACAGAUGAUUUAAAUACAGUUAAAACUGAAAAGAUACAAAUCGACUUACGCAUGUUUGAACCUUCUUCCUUCAGUGAUUAUGCACUGAAUUCAUUCGACAUCUUUGGCAUUCCCCAUCUCCUUAUUUGUGGUGUCAACAACAAACGAAACUCUGGGAAAAAUUUCGGUCUCUUCGUUAUAUGCCACGCAAGUCCGGAUGGUGGCUUCUCCUGGGGACGCAGACUCCACUUCUACCACCCGAACAUGGAAAAGCACACGGUUUACGAAAAAUUAGUCCCUAAAGUGAGUGGAAAUGAAAUAGGAUUCCAAUAUCUGUCCCCCAAGAUUUCUUUAACCAAGUACCUCAAGUGCACAUACCGCAAGGAUUACCAAUUCGAAUGCCACGAUGUGAAUUUAGUGAGAGAACAGAGCUACAUGUGGGAUAUAGCCAAGGUGAAAGGUUAUUAUGUGGCUCCUCUGUCAGAUGGGAAAAGUCCUCCUUGUACUUUGUAUUACAUGUACAAUGAUACUUAUAUGAUCCCAUUAGAAACACCAAGAAGCAUUGGAAGUGAAUAUCAUAGAGGGAAAUUAUUUCAUCUAGAUAGUGAGAGACUUAUAUACAAUUAUGAAAAUGAGAAAGAGACAUAUACAUACAUAUUACAACACAAAGGAACAGCAAAAUUCUGCACAUUAAUGUAUAUAAAGAAAGAUUAUAUGAAUGCAGGGUUUGUAAAGAAAGGAAAUAAUUAUUACUGUGAUAUUAAGUACGAUGAAUUGGUAGUUGAUGGAGAAGAUAGAUAUUUCACAGUUAGCAUAUACAAUGGUGUAAGACAAGAUAUAAGAAAAUGUUUCUAUUUAAGGUAUGAUAAAAUGUUAGAACCUGUAAAUAUUGUACACAAAAUUGAUAGCGUAUAUGAAUAUAGUAACUUUAAAUUAUAUACACUCUAUAUUAAAAAAGAUAUUGAGAAAUAUUUUCUAAAAGAUAUGACUUUGGAUUGUUAUUUAGGAGAAGAUUUCUAUCUAUCUUUACAUAUCAAUUUUAAAAAUAAUUUCAUCUUAGACAACACAGAUGUGAAUCAAUCAGAUGUUAAUUUGUAUCCAAAUAAUAUUAUAUACUUUAAAUUACCAGAUGCACGAUCUCAAACUUUGGUUGCAAAACUUCCUUUUCCUCAAAACACUAGAUAUAUAAAAGUUGACGAUUAUUACUACAUUUUUAAAUUAUCUUCAUUUAUACCUCAGCAAACAACAACAGAAAUGUUAUUUCUAAACAAUAAGGGUUCACAGAAAACGCAAAAUAAAAGUGUUACUUUUCAUGCAGGAGGAGAACAAGAGACAAUUUUGGGUGUCGACUUUUCUAGAAAAAAUAAAAUCUGUGCCUAUGCUGGAAAUGAACAUAAUUGUGAUAAAAUUCAAGUAAACGGAAACAAAAUAAAUGUCAAAGUUGAUUUACUCAAUACCCAACCAUCGAAGGGAAUCACUCUUGGAAUUAUCUGCCCUGUCAACAAGAAAAAUAAAAACACAUGCUUUAACGAAAUAUAUGAUAAUAAAAAAAAGAUUUUUAUUCGAGAUUAUCUCAAAGACAGCAAAGGAUUCCUUACCAUAUAUCCAAAAACAUAUGUGCACACUCCAUCUGAUACCGAUGAAAUUUAUGAAGAAUCUAUUCUUGUUUUGACUCCUCAGUUCAUCGACAUGUAUAAUGCAAACUGGGAAAACUACAAGAGCACCUUCAACUGCAAAUGUUAUUCAGACAAUAUGGUCUACGAGCUUACCUUUAACUUCACCCAAGGGUGA